GGGAGGAUGGAUUCUUCUGACUUUUCUAAAGAUAAAAAAGCGCGUGAGCUUUACCAAAUUAAAGAAGUGGCGUUUAAGCAACGCGGCGCAUCCAUAGAUUUUAUUUUAAUACUAAUAUUUAGGGAAAUUAUUCGGAAAGAGCAAUUGUUUACAAAAUCACAACAUAAAAAUCUCCUGCCCAUCUCCAUGCACAAUCCAUCCUAAUCCAAUUCCUAUAUAUACAUAUAUAUAAUCAUUUCUAUCUUUCUUCAUCAUCAUCGUCAUCAGUUUCUCUGUCUGCCGAAAAAUCCGUUUGUUUUUUCUGUAAAUUGAUUAGAUGGGAAAGGACGACUACAACAAUUACGAUGAGAGAGACAGAGGGCUCUUCUCUCAUCUUGGUAGUGCAUACUAUUCCCAGCAGCACCACUCUGGAUCUUACCCUCCGCCGCCGCCGUCUGCAUAUCCACCGCCGCCUCAUCAUCAUCAAGCCUACCCUCCUCCACCCGGGUACCCAUCUGCUGGAUACCCUCCUCCGUCGCCUCACGCCGCAUACCCACCGCCCUAUACUCCUCCCGGUGGAUACCCUCCUUCCGCUUAUCCUCAUCCUCCUCCUCCUGCUCCUGCUCCAUAUCCAUAUCCUGCACCAGGACAUCACCACGGCGGUGGACAUGGUAUGGGAAUGGGGCCCAUGUUAGCCGGUGGUCUGACGGCUGCAGCGGCCGCUUAUGGGGCACAUCGCCUUUCACAUGGGCACAUGGGUUACCAUGGGGGCUACCAUGGUGGUUACCAUCACGGCCACGGCAAGUUCAAGCAUGGUAAGUUCGGGAAGCGCUGGAAGCAUGGUGGGUUUGGCAAGUUCAAGAGAUGGAAGUGAUCAUCCGUGAAAUGAUAUAUAUAUAUAUAUAUAUAUAUAUAUGACCAAAUUCACCAUUGCUUCUCUAAUAAAGACAAGGAGAAGAGCAAGAACAAGGGAUGUAUUGUUGUUAAGUGUUAACCCAUCGUUUGUUGCUUGUUUUAUUUCUCUACACUAUUACUUAACUACUAAGAUAUCAAUGGUAUUUACUGUGUGAUUUGUGUGGCUUUUGCUAAAUAGCUUCUUUUUAUGAUAUCACAGAACUAUGUGGACACGUUAUGUACUGGUUUUUAUUUGAUUAUUUUGGAUAUUAGGAGCCUUUUAUGUGUUAAAA